CUUGUUAUAUGCUCCUUUGUCUCUUUAAUCCUUCCUUAUCAAUUUUCCCAUUUCCACUGUUGCUUCAAUCAGAGAGCUAAAAGGAAUACGUCGCCAUGGCGGCAACCGGAUCUUCUCCCUUUCUCUACAUUCCGUUUGUGAAGUCAACGCACGCUAAUUCCGGGAGGUACCGAUGUGUAAGCUUACAUCGACCCAUGGCGGUAUCCGCAGACCAGAGCUCGUCGCCGGCGAGGGUCACGAUGCAGAACGGAAUAUCGUUGGACUUGGGGGAGAAGAAGAGGAAGGAAGCAAACGAGUUCAUAUCAAAAAUUUACUCCAAUCCGGACGAAAUACCAGAUGAGAAGGGAGAAACGUUGAGAGAUUAUUUGGAAGAGUGUAAAGAUUUGAUGAUUGAACCAAAGGCGGGGCCGCCACGGUGGUUUACUCCUUUGGAGUGCGGGUCCUACACCAGUGAUUCUCCUCUCCUCCUCUUCUUGCCUGGGAUAGAUGGCAUGGGGUUUGGACUCAUUAAACAUAAUCGUAAACUUGGAAAGAUUUUCGAUAUGUGGUGUUUGCAUAUUCCAGUUACGGAUAAAACAUCGUUUACGGAUCUAGUGAAGCUGGUUGAAGGAACAGUAAGGUCCGAGUGCAAGAGAUCACCAAACCGACCAAUUUAUAUUGUUGGGGAGUCUCUUGGAGCAUGCAUUGCCUUAGACGUUUCUGCUCGUAACCCUGACAUUGAUCUCAUGCUAAUUUUGGCUAAUCCAGCUACAUCAUUUAGCAGGUCACAAUUACAAUCUCUAAUACCUUUACUGCAAUUCAUGCCCAGUCAACUCUUGCCUUACCUCCCUUAUAUGAUGAACUUGGCAUCAGGUGAUCAUCUGAGGAUGGUCUUGGAAAAUACGGUGAAGGGACUUAUGCCACACCAAACCAUUGGAGAGCUAACACAGGACCUGGUUGCAAUCUCAUCUUACCUCUCUGUUCUGGCAGACAUAUUGCCCGGGGAAACACUUGUCUGGAAGCUGCAAAUGCUUAAAUCUGCUUCUGCAACUGUCAAUUCACACCUCCAUGCUGUAAAAGCUCAAGCACUAUUGCUUUGCAGUGGAAAGGAUCAGUUGUUUCCCAGUCAAGAGGAAGCCCAAAGACUGUACUGCAGGUUGCCUAAAUGUGAGAUCCGUACUUUUGAAGAAAGUGGGCAUUUUCUCUUCUUAGAAGACGAUUUUGAUUUGGUAACAACCAUCAAGGGUGCUAGUUUCUAUCGCCAUGGAAAAUACCUGGACUACGUGUCAGAUUACAUUCCACCAACACCUUAUGAAUUCAAGAAAAUAUAUGAAUCAUACAGAAUGGUAUUUGCUGUUACUAGUCCUGUGAUGCUCUCAACUUUAGAGGAUGGCAAAGUGGUGAGGGGCCUGGCUGGAAUACCCUCAGUGGGACCAGUCUUGUUUGUUGGUUAUCACAUGUUGCUUGCAUUUGAAUUAGCUCCCCUAGUGCUUCGGUUUAUGAUGGAGAGAAAUAUUCUUUUGCGAGGGAUAGCCCAUCCAAUGAUGUUUAAUAGAUUUAAAGAAGGCAAAAUGCUUGAUCUAGCAUCAUUCGACACAUAUAGACUAAUGGGUGCAGUUCCUGUCUCCGGACCCAACUUCUACAAACUUCUUUCUUCAAAGUCUCAUGCCUUACUGUAUCCUGGAGGUGUUCGUGAGGCUCUUCAUAGGAAGGGUGAAGAAUACAAGUUAUUCUGGCCAGAACAGUCGGAGUUUGUGAGGAUGGCAUCUAGAUUUGGAGCCAGAAUUGUACCUUUUGGUGUGGUAGGGGAGGAUGAUAUUGGUGAGCUAGUUUUUGAUUACAAUGACCAAAUGCAAAUUCUCCUUGAGGACUUCAUAAAAGAACUCACAGAAGAGGUUGUGCAGUUGAGGACUGAUGCAAAUGGUGAGGUGUCAAACCAAGAUGUCCACCUUCCCGGAGUUAUUCCGAAAUUGCCUGGCCGAUUUUAUUAUUAUUUCGGGAAACCUAUCGAAACAGAAGGGAUGAAAAAAGAGCUAAGAAGCAGGGAGAAAUCUCAGGAACUGUAUUUGCAUGUGAAGUCAGAAGUUGAGAAAUGCAUAGCCUACUUGAAGGAAAAAAGAGAAGAAGACCCCUACAGGAAUUUGUUGCCUCGGUUGUUAUACCAGGCUACACAUGGUUUCACUGAAGAAGUCCCGACGUUCGAGAUUUGAAACUCGAGACUGUUUGCAUCAAGGUUGCAUAAUUACAUGUCAAAGAACAAAGGCAAAGCUUCUCUUCGGAUUUGUAGAUCAAGGUUGAAGAAACACGUUCCAUUUAUAAGUCUAAGGGAACUAUUAGGAGCAAAAGUAGGAUACAGAAUAAAGACAGAAAGCUGGACCAUUAGAAGAAAUGGCCAAAAAUUUAGGAAUGA